AAUUAGAGAGAAAAGAGCGUAUAAAGAAGGCUUUGACAUGAAUUGGACUAAUACGAUUCGCGCACCGACGAAAUAAGAGCCGGAAUCAUGAGGAAAUAUCAGAUUUACGUGAUUUGUUUUGUUGUUUUGGCUUUUGCCGCUGCCACAGCUACAAGAGUUUGCAGCAACAGAAAUAUCUUGUGCUCUGUGGUUAGAUCAACUAGUUGUUCAAAGAAAAUCGUUUCCAGUCAUUGCCCAAGGCUUUGCAACACAUGUGGAGCAAAAUGUCGAAACAUAAAGGCGUCAAUGCGCGUUGAUUGUGGCUACCAUGGAAUUAGUCCGUUGGAUUGCUUGAGAAAGGGAUGUUGUUAUGGCGAAUUAAAGGUGGCUGGCCCGUGGUGUUAUCAUCGAAAAGCAAACUGUCCCAUGAUUGAAGCAAACAAACGUGAAGAUUGUGGUUACCCUGGGAUAAGCAAAUCAGAUUGCGUCAAAAAAGGAUGCUGUUACAACGCGAUCAAGGAAAAGGGACCGUGGUGUUAUUACAGGUAAGGUAAGUUGUUCCGC